UGUACCUCAAACCUGUCGUCGCAACCUAAACCCCAGAGGUUUUGGCCAACCCCCCCACUUCGCACCACCGGCCACGGCACUCCUCCGCCGUGAACUGCACGGCUCAGCCACUACCACCAGGCAGGCAGGAAAGUGCUGAUGAACAACGAUGAUUGAUUACGCUCUUUCACUGUCAUGUUUCUAACUUCCAUUCCAUUCAAAUUUCGUUCCAUUUUCUUCCGAGCUUUUCAUGCUGGUAAGCGUUUCUCAAACCCAACUGCUGCAGCUGAAGACAUCAUCUUCAGAGCUAUCUGUGUUCACCUCAAACAUAGGAGAUGGAGUGCUCUGGAGCAACUGUCCCCAAAGCUCACAACGUUCAUGGUGAACCGAGUUGUUUCCGAGUUUCACAACUCACCCCACUUAGCUUUAGACUUUUACAAUUGGGUUGGGAUGUUGUUCCCUCACUCGUUACAUUCUUCUUGCACCUUACUCCAAGUCUUAGUGAAUUCAAGGUGGUUCACUGAGGCCUUGUCCCUCAUGCGGAACUUGAUUGCGAAAGAGGGUAUUGCUCCUUUGGAGUUGUUGGAAGCAUUGAUGGAUGAGAGUUAUCAACAUUGUCCUGCUGUUUUUGAUGCAUUGGUGAGGGCUUGUACUCAGGUUGGGGCCACUGAGGGUGCUUAUGAUGUGAUCUGCGAACUAAGGACCCGCGGUUGCUUGGUUUCGGUUCACGCUUGGAAUAAUUUCUUAAGUCACCUGGUGGAGGUGAAUGACAUUGAUAGGUUCUGGAGGUUGUAUAAAGGAAUGGGUUCUUUUGGGUAUGUGGAAAAUGUGAAUACUUUUAAUUUGGUUAUUUAUGCUCUUUGUAAGGAAUGUAGGGUGGUGGAAGCUAUUACUGUGAUUUAUAGGAUGUUAAAGGAUGGAACUUUCCCUAAUGUUGUUUCUUUCAACAUGAUAAUAGAUGGGGCGUGCAAGACUGGCAGCUUGGAUCUCGCCUUGAAGGUUAUGAAGAAGAUGAAUUUGAUGACUGGAAAUUCUGUUUGGCCCAAUUCUGUUAGUUACAACUCUAUCAUCAAUGGGUUCUGUAAGAAAGGGGGAUUAUUGCUUGCAGAAGAAGUUCUUGGUGAUAUGGUGAAGGCGGGUUUUGAGCCGAGUGUUAGGACUUAUGCUACUUUAAUAGAUGGGUAUGCUAGGUGGGGGAGUUUGGAGGAGUCACUCAGGCUGUGUGAUGAAAUGGUGGAAAGAGGAUUGUUUCCUAAUAUUGUUGUUUACAAUUCAAUUUUAUACUGGCUUUAUCGUCAUGGAGACAUGGAGGAGGCAUCAAAGGUAUUAUCUGACAUGAUAGAUAAGCAUAUAUGCCCCGAUCAGUAUUCCUAUGCAAUCCUCACCGAAGGGCUUUGUAGAAAUGGAUAUCUGACUGAAGCUCUUAAGCUUCAUAACCAGAUUUUAAAAUUUGAUCUAAUAGAGGAUGCCUUUUCUCUGAACAUACUUCUCAAUUAUAUAUGCAAAAGCAAAAAUUUGGCAGCAGCUAAGAAACUAUUGGGCAGCAUGAUUACACGUGGUCUACCACCUGAUGUUUAUACAUAUGCGACUGUGAUUGAUGGACACUGCAAGCUAGGUAAUACAGAAAAUGCACUUCGACUUUACAAUGGGAUGAUAAAGAUGGAUGAGCAGCCAAACUUAACAAUAUACAAUUCUUUCAUCAAUGGUCUAUGUAAAAUGGCUUCAACAGAUGUUGCAAAAAAUUUAGUAGAUGAAUUACGAAAGAGAAAAUUAUUGGAUGCCACAACCUUUAACACAUUGAUUAGUGGAUAUAGCAACAGUGGGCAGAUUGAUGAAGCGUUUGGCUUGACAACAGAAAUGAAGAGCUUGGGCCUUUCUGCAAACAGAGUUACAUAUAAUACACUGAUAAACCUUCUGUGCAAGUAUGGGUGUGAUGAAGAAGCAAAAGAACUAAUGAAGAUGAUGAUUAUGCAAGGCAUUCGUCCAGAUUGUAUAACAUACACUACACUUAUUACCCAUUUCAACAAGAAACAUCAUCCUGAGGAAGUAAUUGCAUUGCAUGAUUACAUGAUUCUUAAGGGAGUAAUCCCUGAUCAGAAAACAUACGAUGCCAUUGUCAGCCCAUUUCUUUUAGCAUAAAGGGUUGCCCACAGUCACGGGCUCACAGCUCAGAGGUUAAUGGGUCACUUUUCCGAUUUUUUUGAUAGUAAGUAAUAUUAGACUGUUAAUUAUCUACUACACGAACCAAUUUCCAGUAUUACACGUUCCCUUUUUUUUUAUCUUCUACACCGGCUGGUUUCAUUUGCCAAAAUUUAUUUCUUAAUUCUAUUAAUUAUGCUAAUAAGUAAUAACUGUAGUUUAAGUGGUGUUCAAUGUCUUUGGCUUUCUCGACUAAACGGUAAGGUGAAAGUCCGUUUUGUGAUUCUCUGUUUAGAUUUUUAAUUUUUUAUAAUGGUUUUGUAAUUCAUGGCCUUGCAUGAGAUUUUGAUUAGCUUGUACAAUCUAAUUGAGGCUAGUUAGUUUUCAACUUCUUAUUGCUUGUGUCUUGAGUAACAUCUAAUUGUUAUGUAAGAUCUGAUCGACUCAAUUUAGUGAAUUGCUGUAUCUAAUAUCUAUGCAAACCUUUUCUUUGUUCCACCGCUUGCAUUUACUUAUUUGAAUUUUGAGGUACUUGUUUCAUUAUUCUUUCCUUCAUUUGUUAAUCUUUUUUUUCAACGAAUUGUAAGUUGAGCCUCUACUAUUGUUUAAGGUUCUUACCCUUAUCAAAUAUAUGGCAAAGCAUGUUAUGGGGUUAUGCUCAUGGUUUGUUUUGAAUUGGUAUGGUGAUGUGGGGUUAGGUGCCAUGAUUGACUUUAAUUGGGUUUUGGAAAUUGGAACACUGUUUAUUACAACCUCUUGUGGGUUUCUUUGCCAUUUCUUGGUUCCAGUUGGUUCUAAUUUUUGUUUGUUCAGUGUUUGGUCCUUGGUGAUUGGAUGGGGUGCAAUUGCUGAGGAUCGUUACUGAAAAAUGACCACCAUUUUGUCCUUGAUCUUGAGGACCUGCAGAGUCUAAUAGGAAUAGACUCCUAUCAGAAGAGUUCAUGACAGGAGAUGUAGAAGAGUUGUAUGGGAUCCGAGCCUCUAAAGCUCACUUUCAUUGUAAAACUUACCAACUAACAAACAGAGAGCUAGUUAGUAGUAGUUACGGGGGAAUUGUUAGCUGUUUGAAGCAUAAAUACCGAGUUAUAGGGACUGUUCUGGGUGUAUGCAGAUUGUAUUUGAGAAUCGUGGAUUACGCUCGAAUUAUUCCGCAACCCCUUGUAUUCUUCCCUGCUCUAUUUCCUGGGUCAUUCCGCAUUGGGUUAGAUUUGGGAAAUUAUGGUUUAGUGCAAUAAAUACGAAAUUCUCACUCUCUUUUGGUAUUAGUUCUAUCAGAUGCAUCUGGGUAAAACUUUGUACUGUCAAUUUCAGAUUAAUAUAUGGUAAAGUCAACUUCUUUCAAAAUAGUAUAACAUUUUUCAAAGUUCAGCAUGUAAGGUUUAUGUCAAAGAAACAUAAUUUUGAUAUCUGAAAGUGUAGUGAUCGAUAAUUUUUUUCUUCGAAAGAAGUAAAUUUGUCAAAUCGGUCAAUUUAAUUAGAACUAUGUAAGGUCUUUGAGAAGGAUGGUGCCAAGUUUUCAGUGUUGAAGAGGGUAGAUGAGAAGAACUCCUAUCUUUCGAUGCUCUAUCCUCUACAAAGUCAUGCUAUGAAAGGAGGAGUUCCCUCUAAAGGAUGUAAGGUACCAUUAUCUCAUGUUAAUUUCUGCGUGGCAACAAGCUGUGACUUGCAAGGAUAAUGCAGAGUGUUCACCCCCCCCCCCCCCCCCCCCAGGACUUCAUGGAGCAUGUUGGAAGUCACCGGCUGAUAUACUUCUUCCGUGAGCAUUGAGCAAGCACUUACGCUUGGGAAAGCUCCCAAGUAUGGAGCCGAAUUGGUUUUUUUACUUUUCAACUUCUUGGAACCCUUUUGUCAUAGCAGCCUAUUUGAGCAGUGCUACUCUAGUAGCUGGUCGAAUGAUGCUGAUUAAUGUUUAUUUCAUGUUGUACUCUAUUCCAUAACAUUCAUUAGAUUUUAGGAAUGGCUUAAUCAGAUAUUGAGUCCAAGAGUUGAACAACUCAGAUAGUGGUCAAUCAGAUAUUAAACAACUCAAUGUUUUAAAUCCAAGAGUUGUUCUUCUUGUUUUGGGAAUGGUUUUGAAUGAUGGUUUUCAAAUCACAUUUCUUAUAUUAGUGUUGAGGGUGAUUCGAACUUAUCCUAUCACCCCUACGAGGUCUAGUUUGUCUACCACUAGAACAAUAUGUUGAUAUUUUCAAUAUAAAUCUACUACAUUGUUAAGA